AUGUUCCUCAUGCUCGGUUUGCUCGCAAUCGUGACGGUUCUUACCACCGCUGCGCUAAUAUACAAAUUGAAAUUUAAACAUUUGAUUGAUGUGACACGCGAUAUACCCUCUGCGCCGACAUUGCCCAUUAUAGGACAUGCGCAUUACUUCGUCAAUAAGCCAGCACAUGUGCAAAUCGCAAAACUGCGUGAAUUACUUGACAUCUAUGGUAAUACUAUGAAAGUUUGGCUGGGUCCCGAACUGAAUAUAAUCAUGGCCGAUGUGAAGGAUGUGGAGGCGGUUUUGGGUUCGAUGGCAUUUAUUGAGAAAGCGGGCGAGUAUAAAAGGCUGGAACCAUGGCUAAAAGAGGGAUUGCUUGUGAGUGGUGGACGCAAGUGGCAUAAGCGGCGUAAGGCCAUAACACCGGCUUUUCACUUCAAAAUCUUAGAUCAAUUUAUUGAAGUUUUUGAGCGGGAAUCACGCGCUUUGAUCGUCAAUUUGGAGCGCGAGCGUCGUUUGCAGGGCAGCACUGGUUUCAAUUUAUACGACUGGAUAAAUCUCUGCACGCUGGAUACGAUUUGUGAAACUGCCAUGGGUGUAUCUGUGCAUGCGCAAACCAAUGCUGAUUCAGAAUACGUGCAAGCCGUUAAAACCAUCUCUACCGUGAUACACAAACGCAUGUUCGACAUUAUCUAUCGGUUCGAUUGGACUUAUCGGUACACCCAAUUGGCACGCGACGAGAAGCGUGCCUUGGCAGUUCUUCACGGCUUUACCGAGCGCAUUAUCAUGCAGCGGCGCGAAGAACUGCUACGCGCACAAGAAAACACGCUUAAUGCGGCCGCAGAUAAAAAACACACGAACGCUUAUAACGCAACCGACAAUGACGCCGAUGUGGGCGCCAAACGCAAACAAGCCUUUCUCGACAUUCUGCUGCGCUCGCAGAUCGACGGCAAGCCAUUGAGCAAUUUGGAUAUACGCGAAGAGGUGGACACAUUUAUGUUCGAGGGACACGACACCACCUCAUCGGCGAUCACUUUUUUCUUCUACAACAUUGCCACCUAUCCGGUGUGUCAACAGAAGUGCUACGCGGAGAUUGUCGAUAUUUUCGGCAAGAACACAAGCAAGCCGGUGACUUAUGAAGCGUUAAACAAAUUAUCUUAUGUGGAGUUGUGCAUCAAGGAGACGUUGCGCAUGUUUCCCUCGGUGCCGCUCUUGGGUCGCAAAGUAACGCAGGAGUGUGAAAUAAAUGGCAAAAUUUUGCCAGCUGGCACAAAUAUCGGUAUUUCGCCUCUCUAUUUGGGACGGCAGGAGUGUAUUUAUCCCGAAGCGAACAUCUUUAAGCCAGAACGAUUCGAUAUUGCAAAUGUUGGAAAGAAAAUGAACCCCUACGCGUAUAUACCGUUUUCAGCUGGUCCACGCAACUGUAUUGGUCAACGUUUCGCCUUGUUGGAGGUGAAAAGUAUCGUAAUAAAUGUGCUACGCCAUUUUGAGGUCGAGUUUGUGGGUGUUGGCACGACGGAGCCGAUACUUAUAGCUGAGCUGAUACUGCGUACCAAAGAUCCUUUGAUGUUCCGUUUGAAACCGAGGGUUUGUCAGACAAAUAAACAGAACCUGUCAAACCGGGAGAACGCCGAUAUGUUUUCGGUUUUCGUAAUACUCGUGUUCAGUUCGCUUGUCGCAUUGCUCACCUAUUGCUACGCGAAGUAUGGUCGUCUCUACGCCUUAGCCGGCCGUUUUAGCGGUCCACCGGCGUUGCCGAUUAUUGGCAAUGCGCUAACCUUUCUCAACAUCGAAUCACAUGAGUUUGUAAGCCGCUGUUUGGAAAUGUUUGAUAAAUAUGGCAAGACGUACCGCCUGUGGCUGGGUCCACAAUUGAAUAUAAUUCUACAUGAUCAGCACGAUGUCGAAGUUUUGCUUAGCUCCAAUAAGCUGACGGUAAAAUCGGAUCAUUAUCGUUUUAUGAAAUGCUGGAUGCACGACGGACUGCUGCUGUCGCAUGGCCGUAAAUAUCAACAGCGUCGUAAACUCGUGUCGCCGACUUUUCACUUCAAGCUGCUGGACGAUUUUCUCAGUUGCUUUCAGGAGCAUUCAUUAGAGUUGCUGCAGCAAAUGAGCGGACUGUGCGCUGAAGGGCGACCCUUUGAAUUGCGCCAUUUUUUGGGCCUGUGCAUGUUGGAUACGAUUUGCGAUACAGCGAUGGGUGUGCAGCUAGAGACGCAACGUAAUGCCGAUUCUGAAUACGUUAAGGCGUUACACAGUCUCGUAGCAAUAAUUCACCUACGCAUGUUUGACAUGAAGUAUUACUUUGAUUUCAUUUUUCGUUGCACAUCAAAAGCAAAAGAAGCGGAACGCGCCCUCGCUAUCAUAAACAGUUACGCGGAUAAAGUGAUUCUGCAACGACGCAAAGAGUUAACGCACGCGCCGCAACAACCACUGCACGAAGCGGCAGGCUCUGCGGUUGGCUUAAAACGCAAGCAAACUUUGCUGGACAUUUUACUCAACUCAACAAUGGACGGCAAGUCGCUGAGCAAUGUGGAUAUAUGUGAAGAGGUGCACACAUUCAUGUUCGCCGGUCACGAUACGCUAUCGUCGGCGUUAAUGUUCUACUUCUACUGUAUAUGCAGCAAUCCCGUAUGGCAGCGCAAGUGCUACGACGAGAUACGUAGCGUGUUCGGCACAGAAAUCGGCGCUGUCGCUAUGAGCCGCGAGCGCUUGAACCAACUGUACUAUGUGGAUUUGUGUAUUAAGGAAACGUUGCGCAUGUAUCCACCGGUGGCGCUGAUCGGCCGCAAAGCCGUAGAGGAGACCAAAAUUAAUGAUCAUCUCAUACCUGCCGGCACAAAUAUUGGCUUCUCACCUUAUGUGUUUGGACGUCAACCUGAAGUUUUUGCCGAGCCGAACACAUUCAAACCGGAACGUUUCGAGACGGUGGCGUGUGAAAAUAACUCAAAGUUAAAUCCUUAUAUUUUCACCUCUUUUUCGGCGGGUCCACGUAGCUGUGUGGGUCAAAAAUAUGCCUUGCUGCAGAUGAAAGUGACAAUUGUGAAUAUUUUACUUAGUUUCGACUUAACAUAUGUAGGCGAUACGACACAGGAGCCCCAACUUUCAAAUGAAGUGACCAUGCGUACAAAAGAUCCGCUGAUGUUUACGAUACGACCACGUGACAUACAAAGUGCAAAUUAGUUAAAUAUUUUAUUAAUGACUUAAGUAAGAAGUAUAGUGAAAAUUUAGUGCAUAUUGAAUUAGUCUAUAGUUUUAACCGUUUCAUGCGAAAAAUCUAAUAUUUAGAAUUUUUUGUAUUAAAAAAUUGUUAGAAUUGCUAUAUUGAAUAAUUAUUGUUUGGAGUUACAUAUACUGAAUAUACCACUUAUAUGUGGACGGUACAAAAACACUGCAAGUGAUUAGGAUGUUAUGAAGUUAUAUACAUACAUACAUAUGUAUAUAAUAAUAUUUUAAUAGAUUUAAGAACACAUUUUUAUGAGAAAUGCAUUAUGUUUAAUAAAUAUAACUUUAAUGAUG